AUGAUGUUACUGGGGAAGCUUCUCUCCCUGUGUUUGUUCACUGUGUUUGGGUGCAUGUGCCAGGACUAUGAUGAUCAACGGGAGGCCGUGUUUCUUGCAGGUCCCAUAACCAGUGAGCAGGUGGAAGCUCUGAGUGGACAACCCUCUGACUGGGCAUUAUCGGACACAUUUGACUGCAGCCAUACACUACCUUCAGAAUCUAAAGAGUACUUUGAGUACCUCCAGAGCAGAGGGGUGACCCACUUCAAAGUGCCACUGUCAUGGACCCAGCUCCUACCUACAGGCCAGUCCAGCCAGCCGCAGCAGUCUGUGCUCACCUGUUACCAGACUCUGCUGAAACAGCUUCUGGAAGUGGGACUGGAGCCUCUGGUCAUCCUUCAUGGAUCCACAGUGCCAGACAUUCUGAGAUCCAGGUAUGGAGGCUGGGAGAGCCAGCAGCUGGUUGAGAUGUUUCAGCAGUAUGCAGAGUUUGUGUUUGUGCAGUUCGGAGGGCUGGUUGAGUCUUGGGUGACACUGAGCAGCAUGGAUGAGCUGAAGGAGUCUGAUCUGCAAAGUGCUCUUGAUGCUCACAUCAAUGUUUAUCAGCGCUACCACCAACUGUUUCCUCAGAGAGUUGGAGGAGUAUCAGUUGGAGUGAAGGCCAACAAAGCACCAAUCAUCUGUGACACUCCACUGCUGCAAUAUUCAGAUUUCAUCUCCAUUAAGAUUCAAUAUGACUGCAACUCUGGAAGAGAGCUGGCUGAUGAACUGCAAAAUGUUUUGUGGGCUACCUCCAGUGAGUCCUUCAAGGUUGAGGGUGGUUGGAUGGAAGAUGGAAAGGGGGAGACCAUCUGGGACCGUUUUGGUCAUGAAAAUAAGGUUUUUGAUAAUCAGACAGCUGAUCUAGCCUGUGACAGUUACAAUAAGGUGGAUUAUGAUGUUUAUCUCCUGCGGGGUCUUCAUGUGAACACCUUCCAGUUUUCUAUCUCCUGGGCCCGAAUUUUCCCUUCAGGCCACAGGAGCAGCCAAUCAGAGAAAGGCGCUCUCCACUAUGACAAGCUGAUAAAUGCUCUGCUUGAGUCUGGCAUCCAACCUGUUGUCACACUCUUCCACUGGGAUCUGCCCCAGGAACUCCAGGGCUACGGUGGGUGGACCAAUGCAUCCAUAGUUGAAGCCUUUAAGGACUACGCAGACUUCUGCUUCUCCAGGUUUGGAGGCAGGGUAAAGACCUGGAACACUUUCAGCAGCCCUUGGGUGGUGAGCCAUGCUGGGUAUGGUACUGGUGAGCAUCCUCCUGGAGUGAAAGACUAUGUGGUUUCCUCCUAUCAGGUCACACACAAUAUCCUCAAGUCCCAUGCCGAGGCCUGGCAUGUCUACAAUGACAAACACAGGAAGACACAAGGAGGGAAAGUAGGCAUCGCACUGAACUCUGACUGGGCUGAACCCAUGGCCCCUUCCAGACCUGAAGAUGUAGCAGCUGCAGAUCGCUACCUGCAGUUCAUGCUGGGCUGGUUUGCACAUCCCAUAUUUGUGAACGGAGAUUAUCCUGAAACACUCAAGACUCAGAUUGAGCAGAAAAUAGAUGAGUGCCCUCUUUCUGUGCCUGCAAAACUUCCAGUUUUCACAGCUGAAGAGAGCAAGAGGAUACAUGGAACAGCUGACUUUUUUGGGUUAAACCACUACACGUCCCGGUUGGUCAACAACAGUGCUGGGGGCUGUAACCCUGGUCCUCAUGGGGUGGGUGACUUCCAGGCACAUGUUGACCCAUUAUGGUCUUCAACAGCGUCUGAUUGGAUCUAUUCUGCACCUUGGGGGCUUCGAAGGCUCUUGAACUACAUCUCAGUGGAGUAUUUGAAUGUCACCAAAUUGCCUAUCCACAUAACUGGGAAUGGUAUGCCAACUGAGUACAGUGGGGACACUAUCAAUGACACCCAUAGAGUAGAGUACAUGAAGAGUUACAUCAAUGAGGCCUUGAAAGCUACACAUAUAGAUGGAGUAAACGUACAGCGGUUCACUGUCCAGUCACUCAUGGAUGGCUUUGAAGGUCCACAUGGCUACAGUGAACGUUUUGGUUUGCAUCAUGUUGACUUUGACCUUGCUGACAGACCCAGGACUCCAAGACAAUCUGCCUACUUUUAUGCUAAAGUCAUUGAGCACAAUGGAUUUGCUUCCAAAAAGCAGUUAGUUAAUACACCAAAAAUGACAAAGAUAGAAUCAAAAAAAUUGUCCCCAUUACCCCCAUCCACCGUCCCAUCCCAAGCCAUGACUGUUUGGAACAAAUUCUCAAGCCAAACCACAUUACAAAGACAACUCUAUCACUACGGCACUUUCCCUGAAGGUUUCAGCUGGGGAGUAUCAUCCUCAGCUUACCAGAUUGAAGGGGGUUGGAAUGCUGAUGGGAAAGGGCCAAGCGUCUGGGAUACAUUCACCCAAAAGCCUGGCAAUACUCCUGCUAAUGCUAACGGAGAUGUGGCCUGCGACAGCUACAACAGACUAGAUGAAGACCUCUACAUGCUACGAGCUCUCAGGGUGAAGUCCUACAGAUUCUCCAUGUCUUGGUCCAGGAUCUUUCCUGAUGGUCGUCGUAGCUCCUUGAACCAGAAAGGUGUUGACUACUACAACAGACUCAUUGAUGGCCUCUUAGCAUUUAACAUCACUCCCAUGGUGACACUCUAUCACUGGGACCUUCCACAAGCUUUGCAAACCCUUGGUGGUUGGGACAAUGUAGACAUGAUUGACAUUUUCAAUGACUUUUGUGACUUUUGUUUUGCCAGCUUUGGUGACAGAGUGAAACUCUGGAUGACCUUUAACCAGCCUCACACAAUAGCAUGGUUAGGAUACGGGCUUGGAACGAUCCCACCCAAUGUUAAGAAACCAGGAACUGCUCCCUAUAAAGUUGCACACAACCUUAUCAAAGCACACGCCAAGGCCUACCACACAUAUGAUGAUAAGUACCGCAAGUCCCAAGGCGGUCUCGUAUCCAUCGCUCUCAAUGCUGACUGGGUCGAACCUGAAGAUGUUAAUGUUCCCAGGGAAGUGGUCGCUGCUGAUCGUGCUCUGCAGUUCCAACUGGGCUGGUUUGCACACCCCAUCUUCAAGAACGGUGACUAUCCUGAUGCAAUGAAGUGGCAGGUUGGAAACAAAAGUGAACUCCAAGGUCUCUCAGAGACAAGACUCCCCUCUUUCACUGAAGAGGAAAAGAGCUUCAUCAAGGGAACUGCUGACAUGUUCUGUGUUAAUCACUACACUACGAAGAUUGCAAGUCAUGCGACACUGAGGCUGUCCCCUCAGUCUUAUGAAUACGACCUGGACUUGACGGUAGCAGAGGAAGGUGAUUCACCCACUACUGCAAUAAGUGAACAGAGAGCUGUAGCAUGGGGCCUGAGAAGACUCCUAAACUGGAUUAAGGAAGAGUAUGGAGACCCAGAGAUUUACGUUACAGAGAAUGGAGUAGCUACAGACAGCAAGACAACAGUUGACGACACAGACCGAGUAUUUUACUACAAAACCUAUGCUGAUGAGGCUUUAAAGGCCCAUAAUCUUGAUGGUGUGAAGGUGAGGGGAUACAUAGCAACCUCUCUCAUGGAUUCCUUUGAGUGGCUCAAUGGAUACAAGGUUGGAUUUGGAUUGCACCAUGUUGACUUCACAAGCCCAAACCGGCAAAGGACACCCAAACGUUCUGCUCAUUAUUAUUACCAUGUUAUAAAAGACAAUGGCUUCCCGUUACCAGACGAUGAGAAGAUACUUUAUGGGGAAUUCCCCAAUGCUUUCAACUGGAGUACUGCCAGUGCCUCUUAUCAGAUUGAAGGCAGCUGGAGGACCGAUGGAAAAGGACUGAGUAUCUGGGACAAGUUUGCCCACACUCCAUUGAGAGUGUCCAACAGUGACAACGGUGAUAUUGCUUGUGAUAGUUACAAUAAGAUCGACAAGGAUAUUGCGGUGCUGAAGAAACUGAAGGUGACCCACUAUCGCUUAUCUGUAUCCUGGCCAAGAGUGCUUCCUGAUGGCACCAACAACUACAUCAAUGAAGCAGGACUGAACUACUAUAAGCGGCUAUUGGAUGCUUUGAAGGAAGCUAAUAUUGUGCCUCAGAUUACCUUGUACCACUGGGAUCUCCCACUGGCUCUGCAGAGAGUUGGCGGCUGGGAGAAUGAAACCAUCGUCCAGAGAUUCAGAGAUUAUGCAGAAGUUUUAUUCAGCCGAUUGGGAAGCAGAGUGAAGUUCUGGAUAACGUUAAAUGAGCCCUACAUUGUGGCCAACCUUGGCUAUGGAUAUGGUACCUUUGCUCCAGGUAUUAUAGGUAAGCAGUAUAUUGCAGCUCACAACCUGAUCAAGGCCCACGCUGAAGCCUGGCACAUCUACAACGACAAGUACCGGGCAACACAGGGUGGCAUGAUCUCCAUCACCAUCAACUCUGAUUGGACGGAGCCAAGGAAUCCAUAUAAGCAGGAGGAUGUGGAUGCAGCCAACCGCUACCUGCAGUUUUUCCUUGGCUGGUUUGCACAUCCAAUCUUCAAAGGAGAUUACCCUGAUUUAAUGAAAACAAUCGUUCGUGAAAGAAGCCUUGCUGCUGGUCUACCUGCAUCACGGCUUCCUGAGUUCACUCCUGCAGAAAUCCAGAGGAUCAAAGGGACCCAUGAUUACUUUGGUUUGAACCAUUACACCACAGUUCUGUCAUACCCGGUUGAUUUAGGAAAUCAGCAGGAUUAUGAAGGUGACAGGGGUACUGGAGUCACCCAUGACCGAACCUGGAUUGGAUCUGGCUCCUUCUGGCUUAAGAUCACCCCGUUUGGAUUUAGGAAACUCCUCAAGUUUAUCAAGGAUGAGUAUGGAAACCCUCCUGUGUAUGUGACAGAGAACGGGAUCUCAGAGCGAGGAGAGGUCACCUUGAACGACCCCCACAGAAAGUAUUACUAUGAAAACUACAUUAACCAGGCUCUGAAAGCCCAGGUUCUGGAUGGAGUUGACCUGAAAGGGUACACUGCCUGGUCAUUAAUGGACAACUUUGAGUGGGCAGCUGGCUACUCGGAGCGGUUUGGGCUUUUCUUUGUGAACCGCUCUGACCCAAACCUUCCACGCAUCCCUAAAAACUCAGCAUCUCGCUACGCCUCCAUCAUCAACUGCAACGGUUUCCCAGACCCUGCCCUCGGGCCCCAUGAGUGUCUGAACCCUGAGCCUGAAGCUACAGACGCCCCAACGACACAGACGACACAAACUACACCUACUACACCCACUACUACUCAUAAUCCCGUGGACUUCCUGGGUCUGAAGCUUGCAUCAGAUGAGGCUGAAGUUGCACUGAAUGUCCUCUUUGCAUUCCUCUUUGUGAGUGUGCUUGGCGUCAUCUGCGUUGUAUAUGGGCUCAUGAAAACAAGAAGGAAGUUAAAGAAAGCUGUGGUGGAAUCUGGGAGGAUGGAGAAACUCUAAGGAUAAUUUUGAACAGAGGUAAAAUCUCAAUAAUCUGUUUGGUGUUUGGCAGCUGUUCUGGGUGUAUUUGACAUUUACAUGAGAGUUUUUAUCAGACUAUGGUAACAAUUUCAGAACAAAUGAGAAAAACUGUCUCAGUUAACAAUCUUAAUUCAGUUUUAGGAAAGGUUUAACUGAAUAUCUAAUUCCUUUGUAAGACUCUUGAUGCAUUUUUUCUUAAUUGCAUGAUUUUAAGAUUACAUGGAUGUCAAUAAACUCAAAUCAUAACAUUUUAAAUAAGCUGUAUUCUAAUAAUUGUUAAAUAAAUGACAUUUUUCUGCUG